CUCUCUUGUUUUUUUCCAGGUAUGGUGGGGAUCCUCUACUCCUCAUUUCAAACACCAUGAUUGGUAUUACCCUGAGUCUCAUACCUCUCUGUCGGAAUCUACCUGUCCUUCUUGUUGAUCUUGCUAUCAUGGGGUUCUUCAUGGGUAUCAUCGACACCACAGCCAAUGUCUCACUGCUCAAGAUCUACGGCAAACUUGUCUCACCGUUUCUGCAGGCUCUUCAUUUUUGUUAUGGUCUGGGGGCAGUUAUCAGCCCCCUUCUGGCAGAACCUUUCCUUCUCAACACUGAUUGCACUCCAUUGGUUUCCAAUGGGUCAUCUAGCUCCAGUGAUGAGCUUCCAAUAUUUGUUAGAAGCAGUGACGAUGCAGGCUUAAACGAUGUCUCAGGGACAAUGAGUAGCUUAGAAGAUGUCCAGUCAAAAACCAAUGUAAAAUAUGCCUUCUGGAUCAUGGCUGCUUUCCAGAUUCCCAUUGUAAGUCUUGUUCUUGCCCUGAACGUCCGUCGAUACUGCUGCGCUCUAGCCCCAGACCGGAGUUUUAUCACCGUCUUAAAUCGCUCAAACUACGUAGAUCUUGAUGCAGACCAAGACAUUGCCAAGCCAGAGAGCCCAAAGAAAACUCAAGGAAGAUGUUUACAGAAUGACAGAUCAAAAAUAGUGGUUAUCACAAUUAUAACAGCCUUCCUCCUCUUCAUAUAUGAUGGAUUACAGGCCGCUUAUGGAGGGUUUAUCUUUGAGUAUGCCGUCAAGAAUGUUGCUAUCGAGCUCUCUGCGACUGAUGGCGCAUACCUGACUUCCGUCUACUGGGGAAGCUUUGCACUUGGAAGAUUAAUAUCCAUCCCAAUAUCUACUUUCUGCUCGCUCUCUCUCAUGCUUCUUGUCAAUCUGGUGAGUAUUUCAUUUACAGUUUAGAGGGAGCAUUUCAUAAAUGAAUAGUCAUAAUAUCCACUAUAUUUUAUAAGCUAUAAAUUAAAAUCUUUGCAUCUUGAUUGGCUCUGAGCGAUGAACCUAUUGUUUAGGGUUAUCAUCUAUUGUUUCACCCCCUCCCCCACUUGAAUGGUAUGACAUCAUGAAUUUACGCCAGUGGACAAGGCACUUAAUGAUUUUACGAUUGUAGGUGAUGUCAUCGGUCUCCUCAUUUGGUCGACCUUAUUUUAUUAUCACAGAUUUUACAUUUUCAGAACUUUUUGCAGCGUGUUAAACCAUCAUUGCUCAUGAAAUAAAAUGAAUAUUAUUUAAUUAACCAAAUACAUGUUAUACGACUGAAAAUAAUAGAUCACUACAAAUUUGAUUUUAUAGCUAAUAUUAUAGCUAGUUGACCAUAAAAAAAUUCCCUAUCCUCUGGUGUGAUUUAUGAGUAAAAAUACAUUUAAAAAAAUGAAAGCUAAAUGCAAAUACUUCUGUAUAUUAUAUCUUAAAGGUAGUGCUGAGUAUAGUCAGGAAUACAACAAAGGAAAAAAAUUAAGCAGAAGUAACAAACAGUGCAAAAUUAUUUUUUUAGUUUUGAUCAUCUGUCAGAAGAUAACUGUAAACCUGAUCUUUAAAUUCCUCAUGUGAUAAAAUCCUUUGUCAAGACACACUGCUUUUUUCAUUAUCUGAUAUUUUAGAUUUUUUUAAAAUAUUUUUUUUGUUUUAUGAUGUGCUUCAUAUUAUCUAACAGUAGUGAAAUUAGCCCAAAAUUUUGAUGGGGUCAGACAUGGUGCAUGGGGCCAAAUUUCUUUUAAAAUGUGAGCAAACGAAGUAUGGGAGCAAAGAGUUUGACAUUUUUUGUACAAAAAUUAAAAUAUUUGAUAGAUUUUGACAUACAAUCCACAGAAAGUUAUCAUAUUUUUUCCUUUCUUUUUCUUUCCUGUUUUUUUCUCCCUUUCUUCUUGGUCUUGAAACUUUUUGCGGCCAUUGUCCCCAAGCUCCCCCAACUGUACGCCAGUGUUAUUUGACAUUUAUACAUUCUAAAUUUUGUAAAAUGAUCUGUUUGAGUUGAGAAAAACUUGCCUAAAAUAAACAUGCUGUUAAAUGUCAAGUAAUGUUAUAAUUAUCUUGAGAUCCUACCUCCUGUUAAUAAAUGUAUAAUACUAAAAAUAAGAAUAAAAUAAAUAGGAAAAAAGUCGCAAUUUAGAUGGUAAAUUUCACUCUUAAAUCUCUCAGAUUUCUCCUCCUCUGAUUAAAAAAAAAAACAGAAAUGACUUUUAAAAGGAUUUUUAUGAGCUCCAUAUAUUUACUUGAUUUAAAUUUACUUGCUGUUCUUCAGUGUUGAGAGAAUUUUCUCAAAGAAUAUAUAGAAAUGUUUUUAAGAGUCAUGUGGAAUCACACAGUAUUAGAAAACAUGUAACAUUCAUUUCAAAGAAUCACAUUUAUUUGAAUUUUGAAAGCACAAUUUCUGAAGUAAGCUAGUUGCCUGAAACCAAGUGUCCCUUCAUGUUACCUUAGUACCCAUAAAUCUUAACUAAUGCUUUGCUGAUGCAUGAUGUAGGCCUAUUUAUUUUCUUCAUAUAGUAGUUUCAACAGCCGUUUCUUUUUUCUGAAAUGGCUUUAUGUACUAAAGUAAAAUUCAAAUCAGUGGUUUUAAUGCAGUGCAUUUGUUUUGUCCUGUAUAUGCUUCGGAAUGCUUGAUUAAACUGUUCAGCAAACCAGAACAUGCACUUUCUAAAAGAAUGUCCAUACACUUAACUCCAGACAUAUGAGGCUGACUUGUAUAACAAUUACUUCAAAAUAUUUGUCAUUAUGUCUACCUCUGGGUGUGUGGGUGUGGGAGGGAUGUGGGCACUCACCCAUAUUCCUGUAUGGACCCAAGCCAUGUGCAGGUUUCCCAAACCAUUUCUAAACAUAUUUUAUUCAUUCAUUUUGUAUACCCUAUUUCUAAGUGUAUGUAGGCUUGAUUUCCUUUUUAUUUUAUUUUUUUCAGUGUAUAUAAAUGGAUCUCCUGUAAAAUAUACAUUUGAGGUGGCAAUUUCAAGGUUGAAAAAAUGCUAGACAAAAUAUUGGGGGAUACCCUUAAUCAUUUUGAUGAACUCAGAGACACAUUUCUUAAUUUUUGGACAACUUCAGAAACAUCAAUUUUUUAUUGAUUUUAUGAUAUUUAUGGCAUCCUCCGCAAAUCAACCACUUAUCUUGUCUUUACCACUGCCAAUGAUUCUUCUUACACAUUCUCCUGGUCAUUGGCAUGUAGGCCCUACAGUGAAAGAAUCGAGAAGUAACUCAGUGGCCCCUGGCUACACAGCCUACAGGGAUGUCAUUUGACAGCUCUGGUCACUAGUGACUACACUGUGAGAUCGUUCCAUGUUUGAAAGUGUGAAUAGGGGAUGGCGUAAAGGAAGUGAGAUAAUGUCACUGGGAGAAUGGGACCUGUAUAACAUUAGUAAUGUGAGCGCAGCUCUCACAUGUUCAUGCGUGCAUCUACAUCUCCUCUGCUUCAGAUUUCUGGAGCAGUUUUGAGGAACUAGAGUACAGUCGAUGUCAAUGCAUGCUUACUCCCCCUCCCCUCUUUGUUCAUUCAUUGAGAUCUUUUAUGCAGUCUUACUUGAGAAAAUAUCAUGUUAUUUCACAAAUGAACCUACAUGAAGCAAAUGUUGGUCAAAACUGAAUUUUAUUACAUCUAUUGCAUAGUAACACAAUGUUUAGUUGCAUUGACAUCUACAUUUUACAAGCAAUAGCACACUCUAGCACACUAGAAUACAACACAGUUAUGCACUACAUUUCAUUAUCUCAUUUCCGAGGGGAAGGGGGGGGGGUCCAAUUAUAUAAAUUAGUUGUACAAAUAUUGUAAACCAAAAAUGGAUAGUGAUGUGUGCAUAGAAAGCACAUGGAAGUAAAUAAAUAGGUUAUCAUUUUACCCCCCC